AGUGGAGCAAUAAGCCUAUGAAUAACAUGGAAUAACACCAGUAGUUUGUAUCAGGUAGAAUCUGUUCCUUCAUCUGCAAAGAUAGUAAAAUAAACACAAUCCUCUCAUAUCAGAAUUCAGUACCUUCUCAUAUAUAUCACCAUGGCCCAACAUUCGAUCUUCUGCUUAUCAUGGUUGAUAUUAUUACUUUCAUUCAUCGUUCAUCUCCGCGCCACAAUUGAUCAGCAGUCACAAUAUUUCACCCUCAUUAAAAGAUCUCUCUCAGGUACUUCCUUAUCUGAAUGGAGUGCCAAAGGAGAGAGCUCAUACUGCAACUAUACUGGAAUAAGCUGCAAUAUUCAAGGUCGAGUUAUAAAGAUAAACCUUGCAGGGCGAUCACUAAAUGGCUCGUUUCCUCCUGAUGUAUGUUCUUACUUACCAGAGCUGCAAGUUCUUGAUAUUAGCAGAAAUCAUAUCGCAGGCAGGUUUCCACAUGGUAUCACCAAUUGCUCCCGUUUGGAAGUGCUGAUCAUGAAUGAUUUGUUUCUCAGUGGAAGACUGCCAGACUUUUCCAGCAUGAAAUCUCUCCAGGUAUUGGACUUAUCAAUGAAUAAAUUCAGCGGAGAUUUCCCAUUGUCGAUUACAAACCUCACUAAUCUUGAGGUUGUAAACUUCAAUAUGAAUGAGGAUUUCAACCCUUGGCAACUACCAGAGGAAAUCACCCGGUUGAAAAGACUUAAAACGUUAGUCCUCUCAACAACAAUACUUGAAGGAAGCAUUCUUCCAUCCAUAGGCAAUAUGACAUCCCUUGUUGAUCUUGAACUAAGUGGGAACUUUCUUAAGAGUCAUAUACCCUCAGAGUUGGGAACGUUGAACAACCUUAAGUAUCUCAUGCUUUACUAUAAUGAGCUUAGUGGGAAAAUUCCACAAGAGUUGGGGAAUCUAACAGAGCUUACGGGGUUGGACAUGUCUGUAAACUUACUGACUGGGAGAAUUCCAGAUUCAAUAUGCCGUCUUCCUAAACUUCAAAUCUUGCAACUUUAUAACAACAGCCUUACAGGAGAUAUUCCAGCUCAUCUUGGAAACUCAACUGUCUUGAGCACAUUAUCUGUCUACCAGAACUUUCUCACAGGCAAAGUUCCCCAAAGUCUUGGGACCACAUCAGAUAUGAUUGCCAUAGAAUUGUCUGAGAAUCAUUUCUCCGGUGAACUGCCUCCAAAUAUCUGUAGAGGAGGUAAACUUGUAUACUUCCUUGCUCUUUCCAACAUGUUCACUGGCGAGAUACCUCAAAGUUAUGCAGAGUGCACAUCACUUGUACGUUUUCGUGUUAGCAACAACCGAUUAGUUGGCAAUGCACCUGAUGGACUUUUUGGUCUCCCUAAUGCAAAUAUCAUCGAUUUGGCUGACAAUCAACUUACUGGAAGAAUACCUAGAGCAGUUGCAAAUGCAAAGAAUAUGUCUGAAUUCUUUAUUCAGAACAACAAAAUAUCAGGAAUUCUGCCACCUGAGAUCUCUGGAGCAGUCAAUUUGGUGAAAAUUGAUCUAAGCAACAAUUUUCUGUCUGGCCCUAUACCCUCUGAACUUGGAAUCCUCAUGAAGCUAAAUCUGUUGCUGUUACAAAACAACAAUUUCACUUCAUCUAUCCCAGAAUCUUUGUCCCAGCUGCAGUCACUAAACAUUCUUGAUCUAUCUAAUAACCAGUUGACAGGGAACAUCCCUGCUAACCUAUCUGAUCUACUUCCAAACACUAUUAAUUUGUCACAUAAUCAUCUUUCUGGUCCUAUACCUCUCCCGCUAAUGAAAGGAAGCUUGGAAGAAAGCUUCUCGGAUAAUCCACGGCUAUGUGUUGAAUCACAUACAGGUCCAUCAUAUACAAACUUCCCACUCUGCCCACAAACUCAAAAGAUGAAGAGAUCAAUUUGGAUAUGGAUUACAUUGGCCUCGGCUAUUGUUCUUUUACUAGUUGCAGUUGUAAUGUUUCUAAAACGCUGCUUAAGAAAUAAAAAAUAGAUAGGUUUCAAUUCAUCUUGACACUCUAGUGAUGUAAAAUCCUUCAUGAAAUAACAAAAAACAAACCUCCAUAUUUGGUUAAA